CUUAGUACCCGAGUUCUAUCUCCUUAGCAGCUCAGGGUCUGGGUGAUGGGGCCCCAACCUCUUCUCCUGCUGCUCUCAGGGGCCCUGGCCCUGACCAAGACCUGGGCGGGCCCACACACGCUGAGACAUUUCGGCACCUUAAUGUCCAGACUCGGGAAGUCCCAGUACAUCGGGGUCGGCUACGUGGACGACACGGAGGUCCUGCGGUUCGACAGCGACCUCCCGCACCCAAGGGCGCAGCCGGGGUUGCUGUGGAAGGAGCAGCCGUGGGUGCAGCAGGAGGAUCCACAUUUUUGGGAGGAGCAGACCCGGGUCUGCAAGUACUGCGAACAGUUUUCCGGAGCAAAGCUGAAUAACCUGCGCUCCUACUACAACCAGAGCGAGGACGGGUCUCACACCUUCCAGAUUGUUUCUGCCUGCGUCGUGGGGUCGGGCGGGCGCUUCCUCGGCGGGUACGGUCAGUAUGCCUACGACGGCACCGAAACCUUCACCCUGAACUUGGAGAUGAGUUCCACAACCCAAGCCAACAAGACCGCCCAGAUCAGCAUACUGCGCAAUUUGUUGCAUCAAGAUGAUGUGGAGGGUUGGAGGGCCUACCUGGAGCACACCUGCGCAAACCGGCUCCGCCUGUUCCUGGAGAAGGGGAAGGAGACCCUGCUCAGAGCAGAGCCUCCAAAGACACACAUCACCCACCAUCCCAUCUCUGACCAUGAGGUCACCCUGAGGUGCUGGGCCCUGGGCUUCUACCCUGCGGACAUCACCCUGACCUGGCAGCGUGAAGGGGAGGACCUGACCCAGGACAUGGAGCUUGUGGAGACCAGGCCUGCAGGGGACGGAACCUUCCAGAAGUGGGCAGCUGUGGCCGUGCCCCCUGGAGAGGAGCAGAGAUACACCUGCCAUGUGCAGCACCAGGGGCUGCCUGAGCCCCUGACCCUGAGAUGGGAACCCCCUCCUCAGACCACCAUCACCAUCAUGGGCAUUGUGGGCAUUGCUGCUGCCCUGGGUCUCCUUGGAGCUGUGGCUGCUGGAGCUGUGAUGUGGAGGAGGAAGUGCUCAGGCAGAGGCAGGAAGAGCUACACCAAGGCUGCCUGCAGCGACAGUGCCCAGGGCUCUGAUGUGUCUCUCGCAGCUCCUAAGGUGUGACAGAGCUGCUUUGAGCAGGACCUGGUACUCAAACAGUCACCUCGGCCUCCCCUUGGGAAUUUAAGGAUCCCUGACUGCUGUUUUUGCAACCGGCAUCAGAACAUGUCUGUGUUCAUAUCAGCACAGUGAGGAGCUGGUCACCAGGCCACCCUCCCCACGGGGACCUGCAUCCUCUCCCCAGGGGACUGUCCUGUCCUAGCAGAGUUGGGGUGAGGCCAUCCCUAUCCUGGUCAUGCCUCAUCUGGGUCACCUUUGUUAUUCCUUUGUCCUUGUCACUUCAGGAGAACCUUGUCCCAGCAGGACCUGGAAUCUCAGGGACUUGAAUGUCACCCUGGCCUUCUGGUCCCUCCAGGACUGUGCUCAGUGAGGGCUUCCUGAGUCUGUGUCAGCCUGGGCUCAGGCCUGGGUCUGUCCUGCAGGUUCAAUCUUUUGGGUACUUCUUUAUUUUUAUAGAUCUUGUACCUUUUCUGAGUAUUUAAAAAUAAAGUUAUUGGGAUAUUUAUAUUAAAUGA